AUGUAUCCAGAAACAUGCCAACAUUUGCCAGCUUCAAAGCUUGAGAAAGGGACUGCUCCAAAUUGUAACGAGAAUCCAGCAUGGACUCGAGAAAAACCAGCUGGUGAAUGGGCGAUAAAAUGCAUAGAUAAAUGGCGGGAACGAUCCACUCUCGACAAAAUUAAUACUAUGGACACUCUCGAGUCUGCCGCCAGCGAAGGAGAAUCUUUGGAUGAAAAUAUCUCUCUCGAUGACGCCGAGCGGAAGAAAAAUAUUGGUCGUACUCUCUUGGGAUCACUGUAUCUCAUGUCGGUUGACGGGAGCUCAGAGGGUCUCGGCGCUCCGGAACCUUGUAAAUUGGAUACAGAAACCCGGCUAUACUCACCAUUUGGUCUGGGAACAUCGGUUGAUUUCCAUUACAACUAUCACUAUCGUAUGUGCUUGUACGAUGAUAAACGCAACUCUAUCCUUAAUGCUGAAACAAGGGAGAUAAAUGAAUGCAAUCCCAACAAACCGACAAAAUGCACUACCGAACCAGAAUUUCCUGGCAAGGGAAAGAACGAUGCAGAGGCAGAGCCGAUUGUCGUUUAA